UCUAAUUAAUUAAGCACUCGUGCAGAAUAUUUCGCGUUUAUUUUGUUUGGAUUGUUACCUUACACCAUGUGGAAAGCUAGUCUUGGAUUUGUAGCAAUUUUAUUGAUUUCACCUGCUUUAUCGGAGUAUUGUGAAUACCUUGGGCAGGUGUAUAAUAUUGGUGUUGAUUUUGCCAGUGGAGAUGGUUGCAACACCUGCAAAUGCAUGCCAAGUAGAAUAGUCGAGUGCACACAGUAUCCCUGCUAUCCAGGUUGCCAACACAUGGGAAGAUCGUAUCAACCAGGAAAUGUCUUUUCAAAGGGAGAUAGUUGUAACGAGUGUACAUGUUUAGAAACCGGGGACAUAACGUGCACCGAUAACAAAUGCUUUACAGACUGUGUUACGCCACAAGGCCAGAGAUUAAAAACUGGGCAGUCCUUCCCAAAGGGGGAUGGUUGCAAUAGGUGCACCUGCACUGACACAGGAGAUAUCAUGUGCUCGGAACACAGCUGUUUACCUUAUUGUCAACACAAUGGUAAACAUUACCCUGCUGGCAAGACCUUCCGCAAGGGGGAUGGGUGCAAUGAAUGUACCUGUCUCAAUGAUGGAACAUUUACCUGUACAAACACACCUUGCUAUCCAGAUUGUCGCUACAAGAACGAGUUUUUUGUCAAAGGUGCUGUUUUUCCAAAAGUAGACGGGUGCAAUACAUGCAGAUGCCUCGCAGAUGGAACUGUUCAAUGUUCUGAGAAACAGUGCCAUAGCACCUGUAGCUAUCGAGGUGCCAUUUACAAAGCAGGACAAAGUUUCAAGCCUGAUUCCUGUAAUACAUGUUGGUGCAUGGUAGAUGGAUCUGUCAAUUGUACAGAAAUGCAAUGUUAUCCAGACUGUAUGUACAGAGGGAAGAAGUACACUUCCGGUCAACAUUUUAACAAGGGCGACAACUGUAAUACAUGUGUCUGUGCCAACACAGGCGAUGUGAGGUGUACGGAAUUGAACUGUGCUCAAGCUCCGGUACCUACCUACAAUGUUUAAUGAAGACUGAUCUUCAAAACCAUUAUUAUAUAACGAUAACAUCUUGAAGGACUUCACCUAUACACCUCACCUAUGUUGUAAGGAUUUGGUCUGAAAAUAUCUAAUAUUUUUUUUUACUUUAUAUAUAUCAUACAAAGAGCUGUUGAAUAACUAACUUUAAUAUCCUUCAGAAUAAUACUGUCUCUCUGAUUGGUAAAGAGCAUGUCACAUGACAACCCGUGAUGUCUACCCUCAGGCCAACAUAAAAAUGAUGUCUGUUAAAAUACUUUUUAAGUAUUGAGUCAGAGCAGUGGGUAAAAAAAGAAGGUUGACUGUUAUUUUCUUCUUUUUCUUAAAUUUACAUUCUUCAAGAUAAAAAAAACUAUUUUGGACAGUUUAUAAGGGAAACAUCACAAAUUAUCAGUCCAUAAUUGUAUAUUGUUUGACAACAUUUUUUUUACACUUAGAUGCAUUUUUUAUCAUGUCAAAUUCUAUGAAAUUAUGUCCUAAAUUACCUUAAACUU